AUGCAAAGUGGAGAGUUGAACUUGCUCACACAGGCACGUUUUACAAGCAAGGCUCCUGCUGCUAGAUUGCGCAGUCGCUCAAGGAUGCCCUCUGUCUGUUUACUAGUUAUACUUCUUUUAUCACUAAUCAGUUUGAUUUCUGGAGAAACAGAAGUAAAGUUUACAGGACAAACAGAAUUUGUAGUGAAUGAAACAACUACAACGGUUAUACGUCUUGUUAUUGAAAGAAUAGGAGACCCAGUGAAUGUCACAGCAAUAGUAUCGAUUCAUGGUGAAAAUACAGGUGACUUUUUUGACACAUAUGCAGCAGCAUAUAUAUCCCAGGCAGAAACAAAUCGAACCGUUUUCAUUUCUGUGUGUGAUGAUGAUAUUCCAGAGGCUGAUGAAACAUUUAUAUUUUAUUUGACAUUACAGAAGCCGCUUCAAGGAGUAAAGCUUGGAUUGCCUAGAGCUGUAACUGUAACAAUUUUAUCAAAUGACAAUGCUUUUGGAAUUAUUUCUUUUGAUAUGCCUGCCUUAAUUACAUUGACUGAGCCCAGAGGUGAGAAUGAAUCUGUGCCUUUUGCUUUAGUUAGAGAGAAGGGAACCUAUGGUUCUGUCACUGUGUUCUAUGAGGUACAAGGUGGCCCAAAUUCUCCUGAAGAAGAUUUGAGUCCAGUGAAAGGAAAUAUAACUUUUACACCUGGCACAGCUGUCUUGAUUUAUAACUUAUUUGUUCUUGAUGACCAGGUAUCAGAAAAUGAUGAAUUAUACAUUAUAUAUUUGAGAAGCGUGGAAGGGGGAGCUGAAAUUAAUUCAUCAAGAAACUCUGUUGAGAUUAUUAUUAAAGCAAACGACAGUCCAGUGCGAUUCACUCAGAGUAUUUAUAUGGUACAUGAAGAAGAUGAUAUAAUAGCAAUCACAGUAGUUCGAGGAACAGAUGAUAGUGGAAAUAGAAUUGGACCAGAUGAAAAUCAAGUUUCCAUAUGCUACAGCAUUGUAACUGGGAACUCUACACUACAUGCACAGCUUAACUUAGACUUUCUAGAUCUACAGCCAAAUACAACUAUUGUUUUCCCACCUCUGGUGCAUGAAUCUUAUAUUAAAUUCAAAAUCCUUGAUGAUGCCAUACCAGAAAUUGCUGAGACGUUUCAUAUCAUGCUACUUAAAGACACUUUGCAAGGAGAUGCCAUUUUGAAAAAUCCAUCAAUUGUCCAAGUUACCAUUAAACCCAAUGAUAAACCAUAUGGAGUACUAUCCAUCAAUAGCAUCUUGUUUAUUCAGACAGUUGUUAUCAAUGAAGAUCAGAUGCUGAGGUAUGAAGGCAUCACUGUUGUAAGGAAUGGUGGAACACAUGGAAAUAUUUCAGUUUCCUGGAUUAUAACUCGCAACAGCACUGAUACUUCACCUGUGACAACAGAUCUCACUCCAGACUCAGGGGUGUUACAUUUUGCUCAAGGACAGUUAUUGGCACCCCUCCAUCUGAAUAUCAUUGAUGAUGAUGUCCCUGAAGAAGCAGAGCCAUAUUUGCUUCAAAUUUUAGAUCAUACAAUACAAGGAGGGGCAGAAGUGAGUGACCCAGCUGAGCUUUUGUUCUACAUUCAGGACAGUGAUGAUGUUUAUGGUGUAAUUCAGUUCUGUCCUUUGGAGAAUCAGCAGAUAGAAAGCAGCCCAGAUGGACGCUUUUUGUCCCUUAGCUUUGCAAGGCAAAGGGGAACUGUGGGAGAUGUGAAGCUCUUUUAUAUUAUCAUGUAUAUUCCUUCUGGACCUGUGGAUCCUGAACGAGCUAAAGAAGGUGUUUUAAACACUUCCAGAAGAAGUAUCCUCUACUUUCCACAAGGAAAACCUAAUGACACCAUUAAAGUACCAAUAAGAAAUGAUGCAUUUCUUCAAAAUGGAGCCCAUUUCUUAAUACAGCUGGAAAAAGUUGAAUUACUGAAUAUUAUUCCUCGAAUUCCUUCUAUAACUCCUCGAUUAGGUGAAAUUAAAAAUAUAUCUUUAAGAAUUACGCCUGAUAUAGCAAAUGGAGAAAUUGGCUUUAUCAGUAACCUUCCAAUAAUUUUUCAUGAGCCAGAAGAUUCUCUUUUUGCAGUAAGCUCCAUUCCUUUGCAUCGAGAUGGGACAGAUGGACAAGCCACUGUAUUCUGGAGCCUAACACCUACAGGCCUCAAUUCAAAAGCUGUGACUGUUGAUGACAUAUGGCCUUUUUCUGGUUCAGUUCUGUUUUUAUCUGGACAAAGUGACACAGCAAUCAACAUUACUAUUCAAGCUGAUGAUAUACCUGAAAUGAAUGAGACUCUAACAUUAUCAUUAGACAGUGUGAAUGUGGAAAAUCAAAUCCUGAAAUCUGGAUAUACUAGUCGCCAAUUGAUCAUUCCAGAAAAUGAUGACCCUGGAGGAGUGUUUGAGUUUGCUUCAUCUUCCAGAGGUCCCUAUAGGAUAAAGGAAGGAGAAUCUGUCGAACUCCAGAUUGUCCGUUCCAGAGGAGCACUUAUGGAGCAAUUUCUACUCUACACUAUAGAGCCAAGGGACAGCAAUGAGUUCUAUGGAAAUACAGGAGUCCUGGAGUUUAAACCUGGGGAAAGAGAAAUUAAAAUUACUUUGCUAACAAGGAUGGAUGAGAUUCCAGAGUUAGAUGAAUUUUAUUCAGUGCUCCUCAGUAGCCAUGGUGACGUGCCAAGUAAGCUGGGAAAUGCUACAAGAGUCAACAUCACAAUUCUGAAGAACAAUGAUCCACAUGGAAUUAUUCAGUUUGUUGACAAUGUGAUGAUAGUAACAAUAAAUGAAAGUAAAGGUGAAGACUUCUAUGCUGCUGUUUUUAAAAUAAUAAGAAACCAAGGAACCUUUGGGAGCGUGAGUGUAUCCUGGGCAACGGACUCCAUUUCUACAAAAGAUAUUUUUCCAGAUCGAGGAACAAUUUUUUUUGGAAAUGAAGAAUUUUCAAAAGAUAUCACAAUUUAUUCAGUCCCUGAUGAGAUACCUGAAGAAAUGGAAGUAUUCAUAAUUAGUCUUCUCAAUACUACAGGCGGUGCUAGCUUAGGAAAUAUAACCACAGCAACAUUGCAGAUCACCAAAAACGAUUGUCCAAUUUACUUUGCAGAUCCUGUUAUUCAGAGGGUUCACGAAGGUGGCAUUGCAGAAUUUGUAGUUGUAAGAAAUGACUCUGGUGCCGAUGUUGUAUCUGUUUUAUAUGCCACUAUUGAUGGAAAUGCCAGUGCUGAAGAUUUCAUGUUUCGUGAAAAAAAUGGAAUGCUUUUGUUUGAUACUGGAAUAAAAGAACAGACUAUAACUAUGUUUAUCCAUGAUGAUGAUAUUCCUGAAUCAGAUGAGGAUUUUUACAUAAUUCUCUUCAAUUCUACAGGAGACACAGUUGUUUACAAACCUAGAAUGGCAACAGUUAUAAUUGAAGCAAAUGAUGAUCCAAAUGGCAUUUUUUUACUUGAGUCUAUAGGCAAAGCAGUGGAAGAAGGCAAAACCAAUGACUUUUUGUAA